AUGGAUGAGCGAGAGGGGCAAGCGGAGCAAGAGCAGCAAUUGAUGAACAGUGAAUGUGGGGCGCGGCAGUGGUGGAGGGCCCGCCGAAGGAAUGACUCGACCUUUUUCGAAUCUUCAGCGAAGGCGCCAAAUUACAUUUGCAAAGGCCGAGGCCAAAUGGGUUGUUGCUAAGAAGGAGCUUCAUCCAAAGCAGCGUCAAACGACACAUGAACAAACAGUCUUCCUCCUCUCUCUCUCUCUCUCUCUCUCUGCCCCUGCUUCUGCUUCAAGCUUCUUCUUCAAUCCCUCUUCGUCACUUGCCCCUUGAUUAUGUUAGCUUAGUGCUGGGAUUACUUGUGCAUUAAACUCUGUCUCGUGUAGUCUCGCAUCGCUCCUUCCCCCACAUCGCAUCGCCGCCUUCUCCUUGACCCAGUUAUUGCUUCUAACCUCUUCACUGCUUGAUUAGGGUUGCGCCUCCUUCACCUUGCUUUCUUCCCGUAUUUUCGUUUUUUUGCUUUUGCUUCUACAUUAUGGCCACUGCCAGUGCAGCCACUGAAGGAGCUACCACCAGUGCGGCGACGGAGGAAGAGAUUCACCAUGGCCCAUACCUUGUCGAGCAUCUUCAGAGUUGUGGUAUUAGUGCGCUUGAUUUGAAGAAGCUGAAGGACGCGGGGUAUUGCACUGUGGAAGCUGUUGCUUACUCCGCGAAGAAAGAUCUUGUGAAUAUCAAGGGGCUGAGCGAUGCUAAGGUGGAUAAGAUUAUUGAAGCAGCGGGGAAACUUGUUCCUAUGGGCUUCACUAGCGCUAAGCAGAUGCAUGAGCAGCGGGCGGAGCUCAUUCAAAUUACCACUGGGUCCAAGGAGUUUGAUAGCAUUCUCGAAGGCGGCAUUGAGACGGGCUCCAUUACAGAGAUCUACGGAGAGUUUCGUUCGGGUAAGAGCCAGAUCUGUCAUACUCUCUGCGUCACAUGUCAGCUCCCGUUAGACCAGGGUGGAGGUGAGGGGAAAGCAUUGUACAUCGAUGCAGAGGGCACGUUCAGACCUCAGCGGUUGCUUCAAAUUGCAGAGAAGUAUGGCCUAAAUGGACAAGAUGUUCUCGACAAUGUGGCUUAUGCUCGAGCGUACAAUACCGACCAUCAGACGAAGCUGCUAGUUGAGGCUGCGUCCAUGAUGGCCGAGACUAGGUUUGCCCUAAUGGUGGUAGAUAGUGCGACAGCAUUAUACAGGACGGAUUACUCCGGGAGAGGGGAGCUUGCAGCCCGUCAAUUCCACCUUGCCAAGUUUCUUCGGGGUUGCCAGAAGAUGGCAGAUGAAUUCGGUAUUGCUGUGGUGGUAACAAAUCAGGUGGUAGCUCAAGUUGACGGCUCUGCGAUGUUCAAUGGUCCUCAAUUCAAACCCAUUGGCGGCAACAUUAUCGCCCAUGCAUCUACUACCAGGUUAUCAGUGCGGAAAGGUCGUGGUGAGGAACGUGUAAUUAAGGUGGUUGCCUCCCCAUGCUUGGCAGAACAGGAGGCUCGCUUUCAGAUCACCAACGAGGGCGUCGUUGACGUGAAAGAAUAACCCGCAGAGGUAGCGAAUUUCGCCGUGUCUCGAAGCAUAAUCUCUUGUUCUCUCAAUCCAUAGCUCUCAUUAUUUUACCAGUGGUACUUCAUAGCACUUGUGUUAGCUAGUGAUUUGGAUUGGAAGACCCCAAAUCUGGAAUCCCUUGACGGCGCCACAAGCUUCUUGGAGUUGUAUAGAAUGUGGCAGAACCCACGUUUCAAGUGCCUGUGACAUUGUAUUGGAGAGACAAAACUGUUGGCCACAGACACGAUCUUGGUCAAUUCUGGCUCCAAUCAGGAGGGUAAUGGUACAACCACGCUUAGUAAACCCUGUUGGAGUUGGAGCUGUACGCCUGUUGGAGUUGUGCACAGCUCGAAUGACAGUAAUAUUCGAUGCAGUUAAGCGUUGGUCAGUGUGAGUAGCUUUGCGAUGGCACGUUGCCAUUGCCAAUCCCCUCGGAAGUAGCGCAAGUAAUUGAAAGUGACCCACCUUUUGGCGUAAUCUUCGUAAGUGAAUGUGACAAACAUGAGGUAUCGGCACGUUCAUGGUCAGUUUCUGCAUAGCCAGGAUGAAAUCCCAACUUCUCUCCAUUCUGAGAGGGUGCUUCGAAGCAUGCUUCGAAGUUGUCGGAUUACAGUAGUUGAAUGUACUCUAAAGUUUUGCUAUUCGGAAAAACGAGCAAAUAAAGACCCGGCCGCAUGAAACCCAUCGCUCUGCUCUUUUGCGUGAUAAUGUGGUCAUGAGAACGUUUCGAAGAACAGACCUGGCAUGAACUGUGAGUUAUCAUGCAGAGUUGUAGACUGUGGGCCAUGGUCAUUUCUCUUA